AUGGUUAUCUGGCCAGCUCGACUAGCUGAGAAGUACAUAACAGCCGAAGAGAGGAAGGCGAUUCUGACGAAAGUGAACGAUUAUGCACAGACUGACGACUGGUUCCCCGCACUGUCAAUGAUUAUCAGUACGGUCUUAGUUCAAAGAAAAAUCCGAAUAAGAUGUAUUUUCAGAAGAAAUCUCGAGUGAGCUGAACGGAGAACCCGAGCCGCGGUUCGACACUGGCACGCUCUCGCUUCUCUUGUCCAUCGCGCUCGCAGUCGGUCUGACUCUUUUCAUCACAUGUAAGGGCACCUCAACUUUUUCCGUUUAGCUUACACAAUAUUUUUUGAGGUUGCGUGUGUGCGUUCAGGUGUUGUGGAAAUGUGAAGACGCGGGAGCGGCGGAAGAGUGUGGAGAGGGCGAUGGACAAUUUGCGGAACAGCGUCAUCCGCAGAGGCAGUCAGUUUCGCAGGUCUGAUUGUCAGUGAUUUCCAUGCUGUGCACUCUUCCCACGUGUCACUUUAACAUGGAAAUCUGCUCACAAUCAUUCUCUUCUUCUAAAGGACUCGGAGACGGAACUUUGGCCCUUUCUUAUGAAUCUUUCGCAUGUGAAGUUUCCAAGUUCGAGUCCAAAGCCUAUUACUUCAAUGUUUGAUAACUUCUUGGCUGCGCACACAACCAAUUAUUCCCAUUUCUCACACCAUAAUCUCACUUAUUUUCAGAUCCAUAAGCCGAUCACCAAAAAUAAUAAACGACGAAAAAGACGUGUUCUUCGGCGACGCGACUCGUGUCUAA